AUCAAAAACUGAUUUACAAAUGACAGAAAUAAAACCAAAACAUAAUAAUUCUUGCAAGAUUAAUUCUAAUUUCCAAUUCUCUUCAAAUAAAAAACAACUCGUUAAUUCAUCACAAAACCUCAAUAAUGAUGUAAUAUCCAGUAAAAAGAAGGUAAAAUAUAACACUGAAAUUUAGGAAGUUUAUGAUAGAUUGAUGAGUUCCUAAACAAAUAGAGACAAUCAAACUCAAGUAUCCUAAUACUUUGAUCAUUUAGGAGGUAAGUUUCUAUUAAUAUAAAACAAAAAGGCAAAUGUCUAUGUGCAUUAUGUAACUGUGGCAAACACAAAUGUAAUGGUAAAAAUUGUAUACACAAACCCUAAUUACAUGGAAAUUACACCAUCUAUUAGAAGGAAUACCAGAAAAAGACACCAGAAAAUGGAUCUCGCUAUAAUUAAAACAUAUUCACAUAACCAAAAGCAGAAGGUGAUCUUGAAAAUGUGACAACCUACAAAGUAUUAAUAAAAAUCUAUUUUAUUAGCAUGAUUUUCCUGGAUACAAUAGUACUGGAGAACUACACAAAAAUUCAUAGAAACCAACAGUAAGUGGAGUCCCAUUCUCUGGGUUGUCAACCUAUAAUAAUAUGUAUUUAAAUUGGGGAAUGGGUGAUACACCUUAAUUACUUCCUUAAAAUAACCCCACAGUCAUUAAAGAAAUGCCAUUCAUGGGAAGAAGUAUUUACAAAGACAGUUACCAAGGAGUGUAAGCUCCUCCAGUAUAGAGUUGUAAAAACAUGAAUAAGGCUCUGAAGUAUAAAUUGUUUCAAGUAGAUCCCCAUUGUCUCCUCCAGAUUUGAAGUUUUCUGCCGAAUCAAUUGCUAAGUCUUCAUAUAAACCAUUUAGAACAGAUAGAGUAUCUACUGCAAAGAGCCAACAAAAUGUAAAUAAUAGAAAUAAAAUAAUAGGCAACCUUAAAUCCAUCAUAUAAUGGCUAAUACAAUAGUGAAUAUCGAAAAGAAUUCGAUCCAAAAGGUUUGAAUCCAUGCCCUGCCAAGGAAGUAUUAGAUGAAGUUGCACGUAGUACCAAAUUUUGAAAAUACAAUGAUUAUAAUUAAG